CUGGGGCUGGCGCCGGUCCUCGCGGCACGACGCGGGGGGCGUGCCUCGCGCUGACUCAGCGGCGGCGUUAGCGGGCCCCUGCGCAGUUUUCCUUCCAGGGCCGCCGACUCCGCCCGCCGGCUUGCCAACCUGCCCGCCCCGCUCCGCGCCACGCAGGAGAAGGCGCCCGGGGAACGCCGAGCGCCGAGAGGAGCGCGGCCCGGGCCGGCUCCGGCGCUAGCGCUGCGGCCGUAGUGGAGGACUACAGCGACAAGGACGAGGGCCGCUCUCCGUGCUCCCUGCGUACGGCGCCGCUCCUUGCGGCUGGCCGACCCCUCGGGAGUGCAGAUGAUUGUGGAUCCUUCUGUGGGAUUAGAAGCCACGUCUGUUGCGAUCAGAAAACUCCAGGAAUAGCGGCAGAGAUGGACGAGCAGGCUCUUUUGGGGUUAAAUCCGAAUGCCGAUUCAGACUUUAGACAAAGGGCCCUGGCUUACUUUGAGCAGUUAAAGAUUUCCCCAGAUGCCUGGCAGGUGUGUGCAGAGGCUCUAGCACAGAAGACUUACAGUGAUGAUCACGUAAAGUUUUUCUGCUUCCAAGUUUUAGAGCAUCAAGUUAAAUACAAGUACUCAGAGCUCAGCACUGCUCAGCAACAGCUCAUCAGGGGGACGCUUCUCUCAUGGCUUCAGGCUCAGAUGCUGAAUCCCCAGCCAGAGAAGACCUUCAUCCGAAACAAAGCAGCCCAAGUCUUCGCCUUGCUCUUUGUUACAGAGUAUCUCACUAAAUGGCCCAAGUUUUUUUUUGACAUUCUCUCAGUUGUGGACCUAAACCCAAGGGGAGUGGAUCUGUACCUGCGAAUCCUCAUGGCCAUCGAUUCAGAGCUGGUGGACCGGGAUGUGGUUCAUACAUCAGAGGAGGCUCGCAGGAAUACUCUGAUAAAAGAUACCAUGAGGGAACAGUGCAUUCCAAAUCUGGUGGAAUCGUGGUACCAGAUUUUACACAAUUACCAGUAUACUAAUUCAGAAGUGCUGUGCCAGUGCCUUGAAGUAGUUGGGGCUUACGUCUCCUGGAUAGACUUAUCCCUUAUAGCCAAUGAUAGGUUUAUAAAUAUGCUGCUAGGUCAUAUGUCAGUAGAAGUUCUACGAGAAGAAGCAUGUGACUGUUUGUUUGAAAUUGUAAAUAAAGGGAUGGACCCUGUGGACAAGAUGAAACUAGUAGAAUCCUUGUGUCAAGUAUUGCAGACUGCGGGGUUUUUCAGCAUUGAUCAGGAAGAAGAUUUGGACUUUGUGGCCAGAUUUUCUAAGCUGGUAAAUGGAAUGGGACAGUCGUUAAUAGUUAGCUGGACUAAAUUAAUUAAGAAUGGGGCUGUCAAGAAUGCUCAAGAGGCACUGGAAGCUAUUGAGACCAAAGUGCCACUUAUGUUACAGCUGCUAGUUCAUGAGGACGAUGACAUUUCCUCCAACAUCAUUGGGUUUUGUUACGAUUAUCUCCAUAUCCUGAAACAGCUUUCAGUGCUCUCGGAUCAGCAAAAAGCUAAUGUAGAGGCAAUCAUGUUGGCCGUUAUGAAAAAAUUGACCUAUGAUGAAGAAUAUAACUUUGAAAAUGAGGGUGAAGAUGAAGCCAUGUUUGUAGAAUACAGAAAACAGCUGAAGUUACUGUUGGACAGACUUGCGCAGGUGUCGCCAGAGCUGGUGCUGGCUUCUGUUCGCCGAGUCUUCAGCGCCACGCUGCAGAACUGGCAGACCACGCGCUUCAUGGAGGUUGAAGUAGCAGUGAGGUUGCUGUACAUGCUGGCGGAAGCUCUCCCAGUGUCCCAUGGCGCUCACUUCUCAGGUGACGUGUCAAAAGCGAGUGCUUUGCAGGACAUGAUGCGGACGUUGGUAACAUCAGGCGUCAGUUCCUACCAGCACACAUCCGUGACCCUGGAGUUCUUUGAAACUGUCGUUCGCUAUGAGAAGUUUUUCACAGUUGAACCUCAGCACAUCCCCUGUGUACUAAUGGCUUUCUUAGAUCACAGAGGUCUGUGGCAUUCCAGUGCUAAAGUCCGGAGCAGAACCGCCUACCUGUUUUCUAGAUUUGUCAAGUCUCUCAAUAAACAAAUGAAUCCUUACAUUGAGGAUAUAUUGAAUAGAAUACAGGAUUUAUUAGCCCUUUCUCCACCCGAGAAUGGGUACCAGUCCUUGCUGAGUAGCGACGACCAGCUCUUCAUUUACGAAACAGCCGGGGCGCUGAUUGUUAACAGCGAAUACCCCGCAGAACAUAAGCAGGCCUUAAUGAAGGACCUCUUGACGCCACUGAUGGAGAGGUUUAAGGUUCUGUUGGAAAAGCUGAUGAUGGCCCAGGAUGAAGAGAGACAAGUAUCUCUUGCAGAUAGUCUCAACCACGCGGUUGGAUUCGCCAGUCGGACCAGCAAGGCCUUCAGCAACAAGCAGACUGUGAAGCAGUGUGGCUGCUCCCAAGUCUACCUGGACUGUUUACAGACGUUCUUGCCCGCGCUCAGCUGCCCUUUACAAAAGGACGUUCUCCGAAGUGGGGUUCGAACCUUCCUUCAUCGAAUGAUCAUCUGCCUAGAGGAAGAGGUUCUUCCGUUCAUCCCCUCUGCCUCAGAGCACAUGCUCAAAGACUGCGAAGCAAAAGACCUCCAGGAGUUCAUUCCACUCAUCAACCAGAUCACCGCCAAGUUCAAGAUGCAGGUGUCUCCGUUCCUACAGCAGAUGUUCAUGCCCCUGCUUCAUGCCAUCUUUGAAGUGCUGCUGCGGCCUGCAGAAGACAACGACCAGUCAGCGGCGUUGGAGAAGCAGAUGCUGAGGAGGAGUUACUUCGCUUUCCUGCAGACGGUCACUGGCAGUGGGAUGAGUGAAGUGAUUGCAAAUCAAGGUGCAGAAAAUGUGGAACGGGUGCUGGUUACUGUCAUCCAAGGAGCUGUUGAGUAUCCGGAUCCGACCGCACAGAAAACAUGUUUUAUCAUCCUCUCAAAGCUGGUGGAGCUCUGGGGAGGUAAAGACGGACCAGCAGGCUUUGCUGACUUUGUGUAUAAGCACAUCGUCCCGGCAUGUUUCCUGGCCCCUUUAAAGCAGACCUUUGACCUGGCAGACGCACAGACAGUAUUGGCGCUUUCCGAGUGUGCUGUGACUCUGAAAACAAUUCAUCUCAAACGGGGCCCCGAAUGUGUUCAGUAUCUUCAGCAAGAAUACCUGCCCUCCUUGCAAGUCGCUCCAGAAAUAAUUCAGGAGUUCUGUCAAGCACUUCAGCAGCCUGAUGCUAAAGUUUUUAAAAAUUACCUAAAGGUGUUCUUCCAGAGAGCAAAGCCCUAGGACUGGUCCUCCCUGGCCCCACCGUGAUCAGGAGCUCCAGUUCAUAAUUUAUAAAGAAGCAGUUCGUGUGUACCAUUUACAUUGGUCCUGUACACUGCUUCCAGCAUAUUGUGGUGUAUGUGGGAUUUUCUGUAAAAUGGGUGUAAUUUUUCCCUAAAGAAGGUGUGUGACAACAAGAGAAGUUGCCUGCAUGCCAGUUUAAAUUGUUUAUGUAAAAAUGCUGUUAUAAGACAUAGAUUUAUCCUAGUUCCUUAAUUUUUUUCCUUAUCUGAAACUUUAAAGUUCUUUAUAAAAUACAGCAGUGGAAAACUGACUAACAAGUUGAACGUAAGGUUGGAAAUGUUCAGUUUUAUGUGUGCAGACACAUAAACUAUGGGGUAACAAUCAGAAAGUAAUCUUUUGUAGAUAGCCAUUACAUUUCUUUAAACUAUUUCAAUGCCAAUGUGUAUUCUAUAAGAGAAUGGGUUCCUAAUUCAGUCGGUUUAAAAGCAGGUGCUGGUGUUACACACUUUUUUAUAAAAAAUAAAAUUUACAUAGUGAAAUAUACCAAGUCUUUUCCGGAAUUAUUACAGAGAGCCUUCUUUUCUCACCUUAGUUAUUCUGAUCUUCCCCCUAACGAUUUGCAAAUGUGAUGUGGGUGCCCUGUUUCACAGACUGCCCCAGAGGGAACACAGGUCUUUUGAAUGCACUAGAAACCGGCUCUGUCAGUCUGUGAUAGGAUCAUAGAGCCCAGUGUUUUUCUAUAUUAGAUGUCCUCAGAACACAGCACACUUGGACUUUUUGUUUGUUUGUUUUUGUCUUGAGACUGGGUCUCACUAUAGAACAGCCUGCCUCCCGUGGGGGUGGGGGUGGGGGGUGGGGAGGGCUGGGAAAGACUGGAAAGUCCAGCCACACAGCUAGAGGCAUUUACGUUGAAAUCUGUUUCUAUUGUAAUCGCCCAGUGAAAGGGAAAAGGAUCAGAAGUUACAGGUCAUUCUCAGCCGCAUAGUGAAUUUGAGGUCAGCCUGGGCAGCACGAGCAUCUGUCUAAAAAUGCAAUCAGUAAAAGCCUGAACUCUGUUGCUAAGGGUAUAUUAGUGGUGAGGACCAUCCCCAGUACCCCAGAACAGGAGGGGACACAAGAUGUCAGGAGAGAUUUGCCUUCUCCUUUGGGCUGUGUGUUGUCCAGGGACAUAAGUUCCCUAAAAUCUUUUUAAGUGUGUUUGUGUGUGCACAUAUGUGGGGGAGAAUAAGAACCUUACAGGGUCUUCUACCCAAAGGGAUGUCUGCCCCAAUCCCAGGUUGCAGGUGUUGACUGCCCAGGUUUGCUAUGGGAUCCAAAUUCAGGAGCCAUCUUGUUCAUCGAGCACUUUGUCUGCUUGAGCCCCACCUCCUGCCCCUAGAUUUUAUUCUAAAUUGUGCACACGAAUCUUUUUCUGAUUUUUAACUCCACAAGAGAUAGGAUUUUCCUUCAUUAUAAAAUGAAAGCAGUGAAGUAAACUGACAACUAGGAAUCUAUUUCAUCUACUAAAUGAUGAAGAUAGUGAAAUAUAUAGUACUUCUAUAAAUAAUGACUUUAAAAAAAAAAUAGAUAAGUGCGCCAGGUUUGGUGGCUUCUGCCUGUAGUCACAGCAUUCAGAGGGGGCGAGGCCAGUCUGGGCUAGAGAGAGACUCAGUUUCAAAAACAACAAAAAGCAAGACAAGCAAAAGUGGGCAUCUCUUUGCUGUGCACUGUGGGAGAUGUAAUAGCAUCUGCGGGCCACAGUGAGAUUGUACGAGGUAUUGUAGUGCUUGAGCACAGUUGUUAAAAGCGUGUAAUAAUGUGGACUCUGGAUCCAGAUUAAGUAGGUUCAAACACCACUUAACACCGGUAACUGAUUUUAGGACCUUGAGCAAGUUAAAUAACUUCUUCCUGCCUUGGUUUCCCAGUCAGAAAUGGGGGUGCAGGGAGGGGGACAAUGGUAGCUACCUCAUAACUUGUUAAGAACCCAAUGAAUUAAGAUACAGGUCUCAGUAUUAGCUUGUAUUUCUGUACUAUCGAGUCCACACGUGGCUCUUUAAAGCCCUACAGUGGGUUCACAUGUGUUUAGACCUGAAAAAUCAGGACAUGGAUAUCAGAGUGUAUUGAUAAAGAAUUUCAUGUUAAUGUAAUCAUGUCUAAUAAUCCUCAUCUUCAUUCCUUGAGAUUACCCAAGUAUGAUCAUGAUCAAGAAACCGUUCCGUCAUUAAGUACCUUAUUUUUAAAAGCAGGCACCCAAAUAAUUGUCUCGAGGGAAUCUUAUUUGUUACAAGUGAAAAGACAGAGGGUUUUAUGGUGCCUGAGUUAGUCCUGUGCCUAAGCAGUUGUUUCAGUCUCCAUGCUUGCUAAUGGUUUCACAAGUGGCUUGACUCUCUUAGAAAGUAUUAUGUGGUAUUUUAAUGUGUAUCACUUCUGUGGUAAACAUGUGAAGUCCUUUGGCUUAGUCAUGUUUCCCCCGUAACUUUUGAGCUGUGGGCUUUUCUGUUGGAAGAAACUUGGAUGGACCUGUCAUGUCAUUAUCGGAAUUGAAAUAGAUUUCAUUGUAAGCAGGAAGUGCAUUUGCUGUUAGAACGGUUUCAUUGCCUAAACUGUUUAAAAUUCUAAUAAAAUAACUUUCUAAGAA